ACCACCUCCCCUUCAGCCCUAGUUCCCAGCCGGUCGCAGCUAGCUUCAGCUGGCUGCGUCCGGACUGAGAGCAGCUAACUACAGAAGCCCUGGGCAGACUGUGCAGCAGCCUCAACCGUCAUUACCAGCUGUGGCUGGCGGCAGCAGCUCAACUCAACGGUUGAGCAGCCAUGAUGGCUGUGCAUGGUCUCAGGCUGUCUCUGAAGAGCGUGGCGGUCCUGUGGGUCAUUGCGGCUGGCCUCUUCUGUACUUCCAUGUCCGCAGGUGAACCGCUGCCGCUCAAUGGGAGGGACGCCGGGACUUCUGAGGAAUUAUUUUUGAGUCGACUCAAAAAUCACUUAAGGGACAACACAGGGCCGGGUUCGCCCUAUUUCAACGUCGUUGGCUUCAGCCUCCCUCAACACUGCCUCUCCCAGCUGCCUGUCAAGGACAAGGUUAUGAAGUUCAAGCACUCGCCUCCUCCCCCUCCGCCCUCUCCCCCUUCUCCGUCCCCUUCGCCCCCUCCUCCUUCCCCCCCUCCCCCCAAGAAAAAGAGCCCUCCCCGUCCUGGCAAGAAAAAGUCUCCCCCCCCUCCCCCCAAGAAGGAGUCUCCUCCCCCUCCCCCCGAGAAGAAGUUUCCCCCUCCCCCUGAGAAGAAGUCUCCCCCUCCCCCUGAGUAGAAGUCUCCCCCUCCCCCUGAGAAGAAGUCCCCCCCUCCCCCCGAGAAAAAGUCGCCCCCUUCCCCCAAGAAGGAAUCCCCCCCCCCACCAUCUCCCUCUCUUCCUCCCCCCCCUCCACCCCACAAGCCCUCCAAAAAAGAUCGUCGCAUCCGUAUCCUCCUAAGGCGCAUUUCCUCACUAGUGCGCAGGGCAUACAACAUCCUCCCCACCAAAAAUAUGUUGCAAAAGAAGGCACUAUGGGCUGUGGUGACAGCACUGGUUAACGCAGAGGGGCUUAUGAACGAAGGGAAGCGGGAUUUGGCUUGGCAACAGCUGGAGAACAGUGUUGUGACGUUGGAUAAAGUGAGAUCGGAGUUGAGGGGGGGGAUGUGGGAACGUGGGGGGUGGGUGCAGCGGCAGACAGCAUUAGGGUUGAUUGCAUCAGCUAGGAAGGAAAUAGUGAAGGCUCAGACCUUGUUGCUUUAGUGAGUAAUUGGCGUGGGUGCUGUUUCAGGAGAGAGAGAAAGAGAGAGAGAGAGAGAGAGAGAGAGAGAGAGAGAGAGAGAGAGAGAGAGAGAGAGGAGAGAGAGAGAGAG